GUAGGGAUGUUAGUAAUUGAUUGAGACGGGGGGUGGGGAGGGGCUGGGGGGGCAGGAGGGAGAGCAGUACAGCUAGAAACAAAGGCUGGGCCAUCCCCACGAGGCUGCGGCAGUGAGAUCGGAUGCGGAGGGAGCUCAGCGCGCUGUUCCAAUUUAGGGGCCCCCAAGGAGAAGCCCUUCCCUCAAGUGGUGCUAUUUGUUUCCUCUUCAUUUUAUUUCCCCAGGAAUUCUUUUUCCAGAUCCCUCAGAUUUCUGAUUGAUUCUUCUUUUCCUUAUGUUUUCAGUUAUAUUCAAUUUCUCCAAAUGUCUUCAUUUGCUUAGGCCCAAAGUGUUUAUUCAGAUUCUUCAAGGACAAAAAAAAAAAAAAAAAAAGAAAAAAAUGUAGGAAAAUACUGUCUUCCCCAUCCCCAGACAAGAAUUUGUGUUUGUUAUUCUUAAUAAUUUCCAUUUAUAGUAAGUGUUAUUUAUGGAUAAUCCCCUAGUUUUCUAAGUGAGAGUUCUUUAAAAAAAUGUCAGAAGAAGAAUAUGUGGCUAUUUCUUCUCUCGUUCUUUAAUCAUACAGCCAAUGCAGAAAGAAAAGCUGCUUAGAGCACCUGAAUCAAAAUCGUUCUAGUGAUUGACCACAGGUUGAGUAAUCUGACCACACCCUGCACCUUGGAAGGAGCAUCCUUAAGCCAUGAAGGAUUCUAUAUUUUCUAUAUUAAGUUAGAGGCGGGUUUUUAAAGAUUUAUAUUAAUAUGGAAAAAGAAAAAUGAUUAAAACAUAUGUGAUAAAAUAAAUGGUUUCCUAAAUUGGUAUAAGAGUGCAGAUAAUACUUAGGGGAAAGGUGUAAGUUCUUAUCUAUCCGAACGGCUACGUAGCUUUGUGAUUUUGGGGGGGGAAAGGUGUUUAAGCCAGUUUUUCAAACACAGAUGGCAAAUGUAAAGAAUUUUUCAGCACCGAGAUCAAAGCUGUAGAUAAGGUAGCCAAGUGUUGAUGAAACCAGGACCCUUUCACGUGGAAAGGCAAUACGAGCAAUAAUUAUGCACCAGGACUAUUCUGGACAAAAUAGGGACUAAUGGUCACUCUAGUUCUAGACCUUGGUGGUGGUUCACUAUUCACAGCGAAUUGAAGGGAAAGGAAGGCGUUUCGUCCUUGCUCUGGCCUCUGCGUUGAAAGACUGUUUUGCAUAUAAAAUACAGGUGGUUCAAGGGCCUGGAAAUGCCAACUGAGAUUAUCUUAGUUGUUAGGCUUUUCCCGUUGCUUUUCAAGUCCAGGUGACAGUGUUUGGAGACUGCUGAGUGGAUUCAGGGCCCAGCCCUGUAGGUACUUAAUGACUUCAGCGUGGGCUUUUAAUCUCCUGCCCAAGUGUUAUCUUACUUGCCCAGACAAGCCCUUCACCAUUACAAGAGAGCGUGGGAAAAUUAACACUGGGGCAGCAAGCAGGGAAGGAAAGAAACGUCUGAAGGUAGAAAUGAGUUGCAUUUAGUGUUUAUUUUGAUGCGCUCUGGCAACGUACAACUUUAAACCUCUAUACUGCUUAAGGAGAGCCCAGCACCCUUCCCCGGGUGGGAAAAAAGAAAAAGAGGAUUGAAAAAUAUACAGGCCAUGGCUAUCUUUGAUGUUUGAGUUGGCUAUCAGAAAACCUGAAAUGCUGAAUGUAAUAAAAUGUUGACAGCAGUUUCACUUAACAUGCGGUAACUCUGGACUAGAACGACGUCUUUGGCACCAAAGGAAAUCAAGAGAAUAAAGCUGCAGUCGUCAGGAUUUGAAGUAAGCCAUAGAUUAUUACCAUCUGUACAUUUCACAGACCCCUUGCAAAACCAGAAAGCGGGGACCCAGACUGGAGAGUAAGUAUAUUGAACUCUGGGGUAUGUUGUUAGGCGGAAGAAACUAAGAAACUGGUCUGAAUUUUUAAAUACAAUACUACAUAAAGCCUGACAAUUAAAAUUUUUUUUCUGGCGAUGGUGGCACUAAUAGUUUAUAUGUCUAAAAUCACCAGGGGCGGUUAUGUGUGUGCCUCGUGGGAGAAACCCACUGCUGUAAACUUUUACAAUACCAAGCCUUCAUACUUGCAUGAUUUUUGUCUAAAUGUACAAUUAUUUGUGAAUUGCUGUCCAGUUGCAGAUUGUUCCCAUACAAUGUGUUUUUGUGUUUUUCCCAGAAACUCGUGGAAAGGUUGUCAUCACACACAUUUAAGUGUUUGGAAUAAUGAACUGGUUCAUCAUUAUCACAGAUCACUUUGCUAGGACUUCUCUUACUUAUUAUCCAAAAGAAAGUACUUCUGGAUGAGCCCAUAUUAAAUAGCCUUAGAUUAAUUUUUUGUCCCAUGUUUGACAUUAUAACUUGGGCUAGUAACUAGAUUACCUACAGACCUGUACAGAGACUAAACAAAAACACAGAAGUUUUAGAUCAUGCAUGUGCACAUAUAUGACCUUUCCUCAGGACCUGUACUUGUUCAAAGACCUUAGACCUAAACUUACAAACUCAAGGGGACGUGAGCUGCUUUUUCAUACAAGCGAAUGUAUGUUUUAAAAUAAUGAGUGUGUAAGAGAAGCCCAUUUAUCUACAAUGUUUACUUAAAAAGUUAAAUUCUAUGUAAGUGGGACCAUUAGGAAAAUUAUUUGACAUCUCAUUGAGAAAUAGAAACUUUCUUCUAAAUAGGUUUGCUAUAAGACUCUCAAAAACAAAAUUUCACGGGAUCGUUUUAACUUGAAAAAAGCAAUUAAUGACAGAUUGCAGAGAGUCAGCCAAUUAAUUGUCACUUAGUGAGUUUCUGUCCAACACAUAUGGAAGACUGUUUAUAAACAAGGAGUCAUUUUUGUAAUGUGCAUAUGAAUUUAGUAUAUUUGGCAAUUCUUGGCUGGUUUGGCAACAUGAACAUCUUUCAUCUUUGAUACUUAGAUUGGUCUCCUGGAUAUGACAUGUUCUGCGGAUAGAUUUGCUCUUUCCUUGCAAGUUCUGCAAUCUUAAUGUUGAGCAAGAAAGUCUUUACCCAUUUUUUUUUCCCUUAGCAGCCUAAAAUUCACAGAAUAAUCAAAUAGAGAGCAUUUGGCCCCCUCAAAAUGAGGAGGGUGGAAAGAACAGAUUUAAUGCCCAUGCCUGUUGAACUCUGCAUGAGCAAGUACGUUGCAUCAUCCCCAUUACUUUAGGUGUUUAAUUCUGAAAACUGCUCCUCUCAACUGUUCACUUUGUAAUUAGAGCAUGUGUUUGCGUCUGUCCUGCUGCAGGGCGCUCUAGCAGGUAGUACAACCCAUUCCAUUUCUUCUGUCAAUGAUGCAGAUUCUUAGUUCCUAGGCUAGUCUUGGGGGAGUAAUUUAGCACAUGUGAAAGGGCCAUGAGGCUUUAAGGACUCCUGGGUCCCAUUUGAUAAAUUAUUGCCUCACUAUAUUAAAUGGACCCCAGUGUCCUAACAACGUUCAUGUCAUUUAUUUCCACAUGUUCCCUGUUCGUCGCUGGAAAAGUGUAACUUUAUGGCAAGACAAGCUUGAAAAUCCAAGCUCAUUAUUGCAGAAAAACCAACGGUCAUAUGUUUCGCAUGCAUUUUGAAAAUAUAUCUCAGUUUGGGAAAAUCUUUGGUAAAGUUUUUAUUUUGAAUAUGUUUUGCUUUUUAAUGUCUGUGUAAGCAUCUUAAAGCUCGAGCAACAAAGAGCCAAGUAGGCGUAAUUGAUUUCUCCUGUUGCCAAGUACCUGUGAGCCAGCCCCAAGUUUAUGCAGUAGGAGCUGGGGUUGGAUUUACGUGUUGAAGAACGUCAGUGAUUUGUCUGGAAGUGCGAAUGGAGGGAGAACGCAGGUCCUUCACCUCCAUCCUGCCUUCUUUCUGAAGUGGCAUAUGGCAUUUUAGCUGGCUGGUGGUGCCAGCCUGGUAGGGAUCUUGAGUUCUUCCCACGAUUUCUGGGAAUUCUCCGCUCUCAGCUGCUCCAGGGCGGGUUAGGAGCAGGGCAAGCCCGCCCGGGCCGCAGCUGCCUGGCCGCCAGCUCUGAGUCAGCUUCCGGUCUCGAGUUUCAUUCCUGGCCUCGCUGAGGGUGCCCUGGGAGGUUUGGGGUAAAGUCUUCCUGCACAGACAUACGUCGCCCAGAAAUACCCUAAGUGUGCUCCCUGGGGUCCCCAACGGGCUAAUCCCAGAAGACAAGUCUCCGUCCAGAUGGAGGGACCGCCCGGGGACCUGCCCGCCCAUGCCUGGAUGGGAGCAGCCUCGCUCCGCCACCUGCACCACCUGCCCCGGGACUAGCAGAGGGUGGCCCGUAGGACUCACCUUGCAGUGAGCUGCCCCCGACCCUGAGGGACGACGACUCCCUCGGCCAGGUGAUGUCUCACCGAUCAGUAUGUCUCCCAUCAGUCAGUCUCAGUUUAUUCCACUUGGGGAGAUCCUUUGCUUGGCCAUCUCAGCAAUGAACUCCGCAAGAAAACCUGUCACCCAGGAAGCUCUAAUGGAGCACUUGACCACGUGUUUUCCAGGUGUUCCCACCCCCAGCCAAGAAAUCCUCCGGCACACGCUGAACACACUGGUCCGGGAGAGGAAAAUCUAUCCAACCCCAGAUGGCUAUUUCAUCGUGACCCCACAGACUUAUUUCAUAACUCCCUCCCUUAUAAGAACUAACAGUAAGUGGUACCAUUUGGACGAGAGGAUACCUGACAGGUCUCAGUGUACCUCUCCACAACCUGGAACCAUAACGCCCUCUGCCUCAGGCUGUGUCAGGGAAAGGACAUUGCCCAGAAACCACUGCGACUCCUGCCACUGUUGCCGAGAAGACGUGCACAGCAUGCAUGCAUCAACGCUGCAGAGGAAGCCUGCCAGGGACUGCAAGGACCCCUACUGCCCCCCCUCACUCUGCCAGGUGCCGCCCACUGAAAAGAGCAAAAGUACUGUAAAUUUUUCUUAUAAGACAGAAACUCUCUCAAAACCUAAAGACAGUGAAAAGCAGUCCAAAAAAUUUGGGCUGAAGCUAUUCCGGUUAAGUUUUAAGAAAGACAAGACCAAGCAGCUAGCCAAUUUUUCUGCGCAGUUUCCUCCUGAGGAGUGGCCCCUGCGAGACGAGGACACGCCAACCACAAUCCCUAGGGAAGUGGAGAUGGAAAUCAUUCGGCGUAUCAACCCAGACUUGACUGUGGAAAAUGUCAUGAGGCACACCGCACUGAUGAAGAAACUUGAAGAGGAAAAGGCGCACAGGAGUAAAGCUGGGUCCUCUGCCCAUCACAGCGGAAGAAGCAAAAAGAGUAGGACCCAUCGAAAGUCCCAUGGAAAAUCUCGGUCACACAGCAAGACGCGGGUGUCUAAGGGAGACCCUUCGGAUGGCUCCCGUCUGGAUAUCCCAGGUGAGAGGGAGUAUGACUUUUGCGAUCCUCUUACCAGGGCACCCAGGGAGGGCUGCUUCAUCAUUGAACACAAAGGAGAUAACUUCAUCAUGCACAGCAACACAAACGUGAUUGAGUCUCAUUUCCCCAUGACCCCAGAAUGGGAUGUGUCUGGGGAAUUGGCCAAAAGGAGAACUGAGAUGCCUUUUCCUGAACCUUCCAGGGGAAGCUCCCACUCGAAAGUGCACCGAAGCCACAGCCAUACCCAGGACCGAAGGUCCAGGAAUGAGAGACCCAACAAAGCCAAGGAGAGAUCCAGGUCGAUGGAUAACUCCAAAGGCCCUCUGGGUGCUUCAUCUCUGGGGACACCUGAAGACCUGGCUGAAGGCUGUAGCCCGGACGACCAAACGCCCAGCCAAUCCUACAUUGAUGACAGUACUUUAAGGCCUGCACAGACUGUUGUUGGUCAUCCAAGGGCUCACAUUUCAUCCACAAACUAUAAGGAGGUGUGCAUUCCAGAAAUAGUCAGUGGUAACAAGGAGCCUUCCAGUGCGUGUAGCCUUUUGGAGCCAGGCAAACUACCCGAGACUUUGCCAUCCUAUGAACUCAACUCCUGUCCAGCAAAAACAGCGACGGAUGACUAUUUCCAGUGCAACACCUCCAGCGAGACAGUGCUCACAGCGCCGUCGCCUCUGGGAAAGAACAAAGAGGACCAUGACACUCUCACCCUGGUGGAAGGGGUGAAAAAGCUGCCUCUGUCUGACAGGCAGGCCCCACAUUCCUCCAGGGAGCCUGUAGGGCACAAGGAGGAGUCACCAAAAGGGCCGGGUGGGGGCCCGGUCACUUCAGGUGCGGUGGCCGAAGGGAUUGCCAAUGGACGCCUGGUCCAGCAUCACAGCGCCGAGCCCAGCAGCCUGGACAAGAGGAAAGAGAUAUUCAGCAAAGACACGCUGUUCAAACCUCUUCACAGCACCUUGUCUGUAAACAGCUAUCACAAAUCGAGCUUGUCCCUCCUCAAAUCUCACCAGAAGACACCUGCUGACACACUGCCAGGCCGAGGUGAGAAGCUGGACCCGGCCCUGGGGACCUCGGUGGCACCAGCCAUGCCUGCUUCCCAGCGUCAGCAGGAGUCAUUGGGGAACCAGGAAGCCUCUUUUGACUAUUACAAUGUCUCUGAUGAUGAUGACUCUGAGGAAGGAGCAAACAAAAACACAGAAGAGGAGAAAAACAGAGAUGAUGUGGGCACCAUGCAGUGGCUCCUCGAGAGGGAGAAGGAAAGGGACUUGCAGAGGAAAUUUGAGAAGAACCUCACCCUCCUCACCCCAAAAGACCCCGAUGGCAGCAGCCAGAGAGCCACCCACUCAGCGCGUCUCGACAGCAUGGACAGCAGCAGCAUUACAGUGGACAGUGGAUUCAACUCCCCACGCACUCGGGAGAGCCUGGCUUCCAACACAUCCAGCAUUGUUGAAAGUAACCGUCGUCAGAACCCUACCCUGAGCCCGGUCCAUGGUGGAGCUGGCCCGGCCUUCAACUUCCGAGCAAGUACGGAUCCCCCGGCAAAUGACGCUGAGAAACUACAGAAACCUUCCAACUGCUUGCAGGCUUCUGUUACUAGUGUGUGACAGUCGUUCUGCCCCUGAUCUCCUGUCUCGUGCGAUACAGCCAAGUUUACGACACUGGGACUGAUGUUUACAUCUUGGGAAAGACAAGCUUCUCCAUCACAGUUUUUGUGUUUACUUAAACUGUGCUGCUAAGUAGGCUAGGGCGAAAAAAGUCUUUAUUUCCGCGUAUUGCUUUUCACAUUUAUGGCUCUAGUAGCAACAGGAUAGUAGUAGGGGUGACAUGUACACUUUUGCUUCACUAAUUGUAACCGAGCACACGUAGGAAAGUCUAGACACUGUAAGUGUAAUACACAUUUUCAAUGUCAUGCAGUUGCCAAUCCCAUUUUUAAAUGCCACAGAUGCGUGUUGCUCCCCAUCUGUGGUCUGAUGGUGCCACAGAAUUGAUCCUUGACACUUCCAAAACAAACAGAAACAAGCAAACUCAGCCACCACAAAAUGUCAAAUGCAAGGGUCCACCUUGAGGGAAAUUGAUGCCCAACUGACCAGAUGGGGCCCCAGCCCUUUGUGUGUGAAUUGUUUAUGCACCAGUCAUUUUUCACUGUGAGUUUUCGGGACACGAUUUUGCAGAAGCCCAUGGAAGUGUGUCAGAAGGGUUCGUGACCAAGGUUCUGGGAGGGUUGGUUUUUCAGGAUUUUGUUUUUAAGCAUAACAGAUGCUUGUCUGAAUUUUUAACCUUCCACAAUCACAAACAGGAAUAUAGGCCUUUGAAUCUGGAGUGGACAAAGGAAGGAGAACGCUAAGUGAUGGAAGAGGUAAUGUGGACUUUUAAAAGAUGUUAAUCAAAUAUUUAAGGAAGAUCAUUUCCUCCUUGUGAUAAGUGAUCCUGUCUUACUAUAAUAGAUAACAAUAAUUAGUUUGUUUAAAAGCAAAAUGUUCUUUGUGAUACAAAUGAAGAGUAUGGCCUGAGGAUGUUAUUCUUUCUAAUGGAAGGACAUUAAUCUAUUUUAUGUAGUUUUAAAUAGAAUGCCUAAAUUAGGCUGUGGGAGAUAAUUUUUAGUGGUUAUAGGAAAGAGCAAAUUUAGGGAGAGUCGAACUUCAGGCCUUUUAUUCCUGGAAAGAUAUCUAUAGAGAAAACUUUAAAAUAAUUUUUGAUUAGAAAUAUACAUGUGCCCAUGUAAUUAACAACAGAAUGUGCUCAUUCUGCAAGUAUGGUAUAAUCCUGACUUGUAUUCCCCUGCAAUUUAUCAGAGUAAUGAUUAUGCAUCCAUGAACUAUGCCAGAGUAAUGUUUACAGAUACUUUGUAACCAAUUUCAGGAGGCAUUUUUAGAUGGAUGUAUAGUUAGCAGCCCAAUUUAUUUCAAAGUGGUUUGUUAGCAGUUUGCUUUGGUUUUUACAAUGUCAUGUUGGAUUACAAAGAAAACACUCCACAGCAAAGGGAUUGCAAACACUCAAGCUUCAACCUCAUAGGAAAGAGACAUUUCAGUUUCCAUAUUUUAUCAUAUGAGAAAAAUGGAAUAAACCUGUAGAUGAUGGAAAAUUAUUUGCAAAUGGGUUAUAUAUGACACAAGUAAGUGGUCUGACAAAAAGUUUUAUUUAGUUUAGUGGCACGUGAUAUUUGGAGCCAUAUACCAUAAAAUAUAUAUCCAAAAAUAAAUAUAAAAUUUUUUUUCCUCAGAUUCCAGUAAUUGGCAUAAUAUCGGUGAAUUACUUCUGCUUCAGUAUUAGGCUUAAUCGCUAGCAAUCUGUUUAAAGAACGCAGUCAUAUACAUAGUCAGACUGAUUCUUGAAACAUUUGGAGCCUCCCUCAUGCUUUUUCAGAUGUUUGGAAGUUGCAUCGGGUCAACCUGGACUCGUCAAGUUUAGUAAUAAUUUCCUUUUUUUCCUUAUAGUGAAUGGUAAGCACAUUUCUUGGUAAACUCCCACAUUACUAAAAUGCUUAAGUCAGUUGACUUUCAAUUUCAUGCCGUAUUUCCUCCUAGGCAUGUCUUGAUUGCCCACAAAUACACUAUUUGUCUCAUUGCUUAAAUAUGUCCAGAAGGAAGGAUAAUGUAUUUGAAAGAUUAUCUAUAGAAUCUGUUUCCUUGGGGAGCUGUAUACCAUACAUUUACUAAAUUCUUCUGUCUAAAUUCGUUUUUUCCAAGAACCUGCUCUCAAAUGUUUAUCGUAUAUACUAUCAGUUCAUAAAUAAUAUAACCAUUGAGACAAUGCACCAGCCUCCAGUUGGUCCUCUGAAAGUAGCCGUUAUAAUAAUCAAAUGCUGUGUGAACAGGAAAGGGAAGCAUUAUCUUUAAGAGAAGCUUUAAAAUACGAAGUUAUGAAUAUUUCAGAAGAAAUAGGUUUACAGAAGAUAUUAUUCAAAUAAAAUGUGUAUAUUAUUUGCCUGAUGCUAUGGGGUACAUGAUUUAAAAUAAAAAAAAAAACCAACUCCCUUAGACCAGCAGCCAUUAGUGUAGAAAUAAUGGACUUUAAAGAUGAUAUGGUGUAAGCAGGCGUUCCUUGUAGAAAUACCCCUCUGAAUCUAACUGGGAUUCUUGAAUAGGGGAGGAGCGGUGGCAGGAGGCUCAUUCCAAACGUGGCCCAAGGUGGCGGCGGCGAGGUUCUCUGUGACCCGGCGCUCUGCCAGCUCCAAGCUUGGCCAAUGUACUUUUCUUCCACCGAAAUGAUAGCUUUGUGUUAAAUGGCUGCUUAUCUAGUCUUCACUUAAGAGUUUAUCAACCGAAAAGGUUUACAGAACUGAAUCUGGUUGAAUCUCUGUGUAGCGUUCAACUUUAAAGGGUCAACCCAUCUGUUGGCAUUUUGCACACGUAUGUAUUAGUAUGAUACAGCAUAUUACUUUAUGGUAAUUUUUAUUUUUGCAUAUAACUACCUCCAUAAAUUUGAUGAAGCGGCAGCAGUGCGUUCAAGUGUAUUGUUCAGAAAAGCCAAGUUUAAACCUUUCUUAACCAUUAGGCCAUGGCGUUGUGUGUGUGUCAGUCAGUGAUUGCCAGUGUGGACUCCUGACUUCCAUCGCCGUGGUUUCCUUUUACGGCAUGAUUUCACUUUCAGAUGUAACCCUGUCUCUCUUCUCUUUCCCACAAAAGCGCACUUGAUUUUCCCAGUGAAAGGAAGUUUAAAUUUCUCAUCGUCCCCCACCCGCCGCCUUGCCCCCUGCCUGCCAACACCCCCUUCCUGCUGAGAUAGUUCUCCCUGCCAAAGAGCCAAUUGGUAAACAUAAUUUAGCUAGCUAUUUACUCCUGCAAAUAUCUGAUUUGAAUUUUAGGUUUUCAGUAGCAGACACACAAGAAAUUCGGGCUGCAGCCUUGGGAGCACUUUGGACCCGUCGGCCUUCACUUCUGUGCUACCAUACCAAGCCCAAACGUCAUUUUAAGUCAAAGAGCUGUCCUGCAUAUUCACUGCUUUCUUGUUAAAUAAUUUGUAUUCCACUUUAUAUAUUUUGCACAUCUCAGGGGACUUUAAUGAGCAUAUGGAAAGGGCGGGGUGGGGGGGUGCCAUUAAAUAGAGAAAACAAAGAGCUGAAACACAGUUAACUGGAUAAAAAUAACAAAUUACUGCUUCUCUGAUGUUGCGAAGCUCAAGUUCAGGAAGCAUAAAUUGGAAGUUAAUCUGGAGUAACAAUGGUCUGCACACCAGCUGCUCCCAAAUCUCCCUUUCUCAUAACCCAACCAGCAUUUCUAACAUGUAAAUGUAAACGACAUUGUAGUCACCGUCGGGAGGAGAAAUCUGUGUAAUGAAAACGGAAGUAUUGGUCUGUUCUUUUUAGGUUGGCGCAGCUUUGCUAAGUUCCACCCAGGAUAAACCACUUAUCACCACAAAGUGUACUUGAAAAUAAAGCUUUCAAAUUAUAGGCAUACUGCUCACAAUACAGUAAGGGAUCAUAUUUUGAAAAGUCUCACCUAUAUAAUGAGGGCAGUCUGAGAGCUUGACUACAAAUGAACAACCUAUAGCGACUUUGCAAGUCCCUUCUGGGAUCUCAAAGAGUGCUUUCAAAGCAUUCAGAUUCACAAACAAAAGCAGGUCAUACUUGUAACACCCAUACUUGGAAUGAAAUAACAAAGGAGUGACUUCAGAUUACCCAGAAACACAGUGGCAGCUAUCCGUGAUCCAUUUUCUAUCUGUUUCAUAGACCGUCAUGAGAAAUUACUCAAUACAAUGCUAUUUUUCUGAUGUGUGCUAAUAAAGUCAAAGAAAAACAAAUACAACUUUACACCUUUGUCCAUUUUUAUUCAAAAAGUUCAGGGUGUUUGAAAUUUUACCGAAUCCACCCAAAUGCCAUUGCGUCCGAGGUAGACCUAGACGUACACCCUUGUUUACAGUUUCCUAUCGGUUUCUAGAAUUCCUGUGCUAAAAUGCCAUCUUUCAGGAACAUGACUGCUCCUGACAGUGGGAGGUGCUGAAACAGAAAUUUUAAUUUAAAACUUAAUCAAGUACCCUUCACAGUGCUUCUUAGCACAGGAGGAAUUCGGUACAGUCGAUCGAGCCCCACUUGGAAGAAUCUGGAUUUCCUAGGGAGCUGAUGUAGUUCUAAGUCUUUGCUCAGAUUAGGACUCCUGGGACCCCCGGUGGGGCCUUCUCUGUGACCGUUAUGGGCCAGUCACAGAAUCAGCCAGCACUGCUGCCACACAGGAGGGGACCCGCGGAAGUGAGCCCUUCCGCUCCCGUUCCCACCCGCAGUUCCAUCCCACGUAUAUUCUCUUUGGUUCCAGAGUGACUCUUCUGCACACAUUUAGGGCCCUGGGGUGCUAAAACAGGAAAAAAAUCAUGCGGAAGCUAUGGAAAGCAUUGAUUUACUGUGGUUUAGUAAAAUAUGGGCAGGGAAGAGAUUACUAUCCGUCUGGUCUUUGCCAAAUAAGAUAAAAGUAUCAGCUGUCACUCCAUCACUGUCCCAGAAGGUUUUAGAACACUAAGGAUGCAUUCAGUAUUUUCCCAUAGAUGUUUAUUUAGCAGACAUUUCAUAAAUUACGUAUAUGAAAAAAUUCAUCGUUAAAUAUCCUGGUAUGUUUGAAAUGGACAUCGGCCCUCCCUGAUUGAGUUAAUCUCUGUGUCUUUCCCAGCAGCUUUCCCGAGAUUCCCCAGUGAUUGCUCCUCUAACACAUAAUCCCGUGUUUUUACAGUUGUUCUCUGACUUACAGUUGCUGAUUUGCAAGGUUCAGAAUUCUACAAGGCUCAAGGGGGACUAAACCUUCUUAAGAUUGUGUGUUAUCAGUUAUAGGGCUCUAGCUGCUCAUUGUUGGCCUCAAAUGUGAACACACACACACACACACACACACACACCUGCCAACCAGGGAAGAGGGCUGUUUCCUGAGUGAGGCAGCAGUGACCCUGGAAGGAAAUGCAAGGCUAGAGGCUUGGCUGGUCCAUGUACAGCUGCCUACCUCCCUGUCCAAAGGCUGCUCUCGGCACUCCUGUUCCCCUGCUCCAGAAAGAGGUACCACAGCUGAGGUCUCCACUAUGAAUCCUCUGCAGUUUCAGUCAUUCAUGCUGAAGCUUACCCAGCAGCUCCUCACCUUGCUUUCCCCCAAAGUCCUUCCCCCCCUGCCUCAUUUACCCACCUAGACACCGACACUCCACCCUGCUUCCCACAUCGGAAGGGCAAAUCGUGUGUGGUGGUGUGCACACAGGAUGGGUUAGGACUAGAGCUGCCCUAGGGUCACCCUCUUGUAAGUAUUGACAGCUACCGAUCAAGGUCCUUAGAAGAGUUGACGUAAAUACUACUUUCUAGAAGAGAAGGAAAUUUCAGCGUUCAGUUUAAAAGGAUCAUCAUUCUGCAGGUAUCUUUCUCUUGAGUGACUGAAUGUGACUAUUGCAUUAGAGUAAAUGAAUUAAGAAGUGCAAGUGGGAUUUAGUAUAUGUUAGAAAGGAGUUUUGCAGCCAAGACUGCCUUGGAUAAAAUGUGUUUGCACUGACAAAAAAAAAUUUUAAAUGACUUGGUCCCUGGUUGCUGUAAAGGUCAUCCAAGAUGGAUGUUCUGUUUAUAUUGUAUAGUAUUUCAUAUGAAAUAAUUACAGUUCAUGAAAUGUCUUCCCUAAUGUUACUGAUUUAUAACAGCACAUUUGUAACAUGGUUUUUAUCGUGUCAGCGUACCAUAUUGUAAAUGAUGAUUACUUGUCAUGCUUAGUAUAAUAACUUAAAAGAAAAAAAACGCACAGGGAUUUUUGUAAGUCUAUAUUUGAAAGUCCCUCCAUAUGGUAAUAUUGUGUUCAUGUUGUUUAUGUAGUGUUGUGUGAAAUAUCCAUUUUGGAUUGUGUUACUUUUUAAGAUAUUAAAUAACAUUUGGUUAUA